AUGAAACAUUCGAGGCUGUUGACGAAUGCAGUGAAAUUAUUCGAUGUAAUUGUGAUCGGUGGUGGUCAUGCUGGAUGUGAAGCUGCGGCUGCAUCGGCUCGAUCUCGAGCGCGAACUUUGCUUCUUACUCAUCGCAAGGAAACUAUUGGCGAGAUGUCAUGCAAUCCCAGUUUUGGCGGAAUUGGCAAAGGACAUCUAAUAAGAGAGAUCGAUGCAAUGGAUGGACUAUGCGCUCGUAUUUGUGACAAAUCUGCUAUUACUUAUCAGGCACUAAACACUGGUCAGGGUCCUGCAAUUUUGGGUCUAAGAGCCCAAAUUGAUCGUGAUUUAUAUAAAAAAUAUAUGCAGGAGGAAAUCAUUUGUGGCACUCCAAAUCUGACAGUUAUUGAAGGAUCUGUUGGGGAUCUAAUCAUUGAAAAUUCGACAAAACCCGAAUGUAUUAAAGUCAGUGGUGUUAUUCUUGAAAACGGGCAGAUGAUUCGUUCUAAUGCUGUUGUUGUCACAACCGGUACUUUUCUGGAUGGUGAAGUUUUUUGGGGAUUAAAGAGAUUCCCCUAUGGACGUCUCGGCGAAAAGGCAUGUACAAAGCUUUCACAAAAAUUCUCGCAAUUAGGUUUCAAAAUAGGUAGACUUCGUACUGGAACACCACCUCGUCUUUUGAAGAAAACGAUUGAUUUUAGCAAGUUUGAAUUGAAGCCAGCAGAUAAAAAUCCAAUUCCUUUCUCUUUUUUAACAAAAACUUUGUGGAUUGAUCCAGACAAACAGUUACCAACAUAUCUGUCGUAUACAAAUGAUCGCGUCGCUGAAUUGGUUCGAAAACAUUAUAAAGAACAUAAAUAUAUAAGAAGCGAACAGAUUGGUCCACGUUAUUGCCCAUCGCUUGAAUCUAAAAUUAUCAAAUUCGAAAACGUGUAUCAUAAGUUUUUCCUGGAACAUGAAGGACUGGAAUCAGAGCUUAUUUAUCCUCAAGGCAUGUCCAUGACUUUUGCAGAGGAUGUGCAACGAGAAAUUAUGCGAUCAAUUCCUGGGUUGGAAAAUGUUGAAAUUGCUCAAGCAGGUUAUGGUGUAGAAUACGAUUUUAUCAAUCCACAACAACUGCAUUCAAGUCUCGAAACCAAACUUGUUAAAAGAUUAUUUUUGGCCGGCCAAAUCAAUGGAACCACGGGUUAUGAGGAAGCAGCUGCACAAGGCAAUAAUUUUAUUGCUAGUAUAUUGGCGGGAAUAAAUGCUGCUGCCGUAACUAGAGGAAUCAAGCCAUUACUUUUAGAUCGUACAGAAGCAUAUAUUGGUGUAUUAGUUGAUGAUUUAACAAGUCUUGGAACAAACGAACCUUAUCGAAUGUUUACUUCACGUGCUGAAUUUCGCCUUCAUUUAAGGCCAGAUAAUGCUGAUAUUCGACUUACAGAUAAAGCAUAUCAUAUGGGUGUUGUUUCAGAAGACCGGUAUUCACAUUUUCUUAAUUUGAAAACCAGGUUAAAAGAUGCAACAGAACUGCUUAAAUCGAUUAAAUAUCCUUUAGCUACGUGGCCUAAGUAUCUUCAAAAUUUUAAACCAAAAAAUAAGCUUGGAAAAGUAUAUACUGCAUACGAUUUAUUACAUCGUCAUGACAUAUCGUUCCGUGAGCUCGAACGAGCUUUUCCUAAAGAAAUGUCUCCCUUUCUUGAUAAUGAACUGGAAUCAAGAAUUCGAAUUGAAGGGCUAUAUAAAAAACAACAUGAUUUAUUAGUGGAAAAGAUGAUAACAGUUCGACGUGAAGGACGGGCUUUAAUUCCAGAAAAUAUUAAAUAUUCGAAUAUAGAUGGCUUAUCUUUUGAAUGCAUGGAGAAAUUCGAACAGUGGCGGCCUCAAAAUCUAGCUGCUGCUUCACGCGUUCCUGGAGUAACACCCGAAGCUUUAUAUAUUCUUCUACGAUAUAUUAAAACACCAGAAAUCCAGAAACACUGUUGUGUUGGCGAUUAG